UCGGGGUAACGGUUCCCCGAAAACGCACCAUUUUUUGCACAUAAUUUUAAAUUUGUAAUCAUCGCAGAUAUAUAGGUUUAUAGUUUCGCAUCAUUCAUAUCACUGUAGUCCUAUUUAUUUCCGUACAUAAUUCAAUUAUUCAGUUUAUUAUCUGAAUCAUACCUAAGGCGAAUUAUUGUAAUUGUUUAUUUUUAGAAAUGGAUAAAUUCUUAAAUCUUUAGAGAGUUAUGAUCGAUUCAAUACGUGCCUUACAGCUGUCAAAAUAGUUAUGUUGAAAUAUUAAUUUGGCAAUAUUGCUUCUUCAGAAAUUCCAUGACAUCCAAGACUUCAAUCUAUUCUUACGCAGAACUGCGGGCUGCAGUAUAAUGUACACAGGUGUAGCCGGGUUUCAGUAAAAGGUUUGCGCUAGGGAAAGACGGCAAUAUCAAUGGAUUUGCGUGUGGUGAAACGUACACUUAAUAAUUAGACAUGAGGGCUAAAAGCGAUGGAUGGCUUCUCCAUAAUAAGACUUGCAUAGAAUUUCUCCUCCAGAGCACUUUUCUGUUCUCCAAGAAGUGAACGGAGCGACGGCCUCAUCACAUGAGCUCCAUGUCCAAUCAGAACUUCUGCGACCACACGCUUAGUUAACAGAAAAGGGAGUAAGGAGCUACCCAGCGGUCAGCGUGGGCAUCUGGAUCUCAGCGGCGCGCCUUCUUUCUUGGUACUUACAAUUACAUACAGCCCCUGCAUAUAUAUAUAUUAAUUAAAAAUAACAGUAAUAAAAAUAAUUGACCCUGCCGAGAUUGACACGAGCUGUGCGAAAACCUGGAGGGACGUAUUUUAUAAUGUCCUUUGCUGCGGCCUCUUCCGAAUCCAGCCUGACACAACACGACGAAGUCAAAGGAUUUUCUUUGAGGGUAAUGGAUUACACGUAUGAUGAAGAUCUGGAGGAAUUAUGUCCCGUGUGUGGAGAUAAGGUUUCCGGAUACCAUUACGGACUACUCACUUGCGAAAGUUGUAAGGGAUUUUUCAAGAGGACUGUUCAAAAUAAUAAGAGGUACACUUGCGCGGAAAACCAGGAUUGUAAAAUUGACAAAACGCAAAGGAAAAGGUGUCCUUUCUGUCGAUUCCAGAAAUGCCUAAACGUCGGAAUGAGGUUAGAAGCCGUCCGGGCGGACAGGAUGAGAGGGGGCAGGAACAAGUUCGGCCCGAUGUACAAGCGCGACCGGGCCCUGAAGCAGCAGAAGAAGGCGCUGAUCCGGGCCAACGGCUUCAAGCUGGAGUCCACGCCUCCCCUGAUGUCCCCAGUGCAGACUGACUUUGGCUUCCCAGCCGGCCUGCCGGGACCCCACCCCAUCUCAAAGGCCAUGCUGCCCGGCCCCCAGGCCCCAAUGGUGCCCACAGACUACGACCGCAGCCCAUACGGACCCCCUCCUCCCUUGGGUAUGACCAUGCAGAGUCACGGCCCAAUUCCUGUCCAGUACCAGUACAGCUCCUUCUCCAGCCGGGCCAUCAAGUCCGAGUUCCCCGACCACUACACAAGCUCCCCCGAGUCUCUGGUGGGCUACCCAUACCCAGAGGUGUACCCCUCGGGAUCCCCGCAGCCGCCCUGCAUCCCCCAGCUGGUCCUGGAUCUGCUGUGCUGCGAGCCGGAUGAGCCACAGGUGCAGAGCAAGAUCAUGGCGUACCUGCAGCAGGAGCAGAGCAGCCGCGGCAAACACGAGAAGCUGAGCACCUUCGGGCUCAUGUGCCGCAUGGCCGACCAGACGCUCUUCUCCAUCGUGGAGUGGGCCCGCAGCUGCAUCUUCUUCAAGGAGCUCAAGGUGGGCGACCAAAUGAAGCUCCUACACAAUUGCUGGAGUGAGCUGCUGGUGCUGGACCAUGUGUCCCGGCAGGUCCAGCAUGGCAAAGAGGGAAGCUUACUACUGAUCACUGGCCAGGAGCUGGAGAUCACUUCCAUCACUGCGCAGGCUGGCUCCACGUUGAGCACCCUGGUCCAGAGGGGACAAGAGCUGGUGGGCAAGCUGCAGUCGCUGCAGGUGGACCGGAGGGAGAUCACCUGCAUCAAGUUCCUCGUCCUCUUCAAUCCUGACGUGAAGCUGCUGGAGAACCAGCAGUUUGUGGAGAGCGUUCAGGAGCAGGUGAACACGGCACUGCUGGAAUACACGGUGUGCAGCUACCCGCAGCUGGAUAAGUUUGGCCAGUUGCUGCUGCGUCUGCCCGAGCUGCGUGCCCUCAGUGUACAGGCCGAGGACUAUCUGUGCUACAAGCACCUGAGUGGCGAGGUGCCCUGUAACAACCUGCUCAUCGAGAUGCUGCAUGCCAAGAGGGCGUGUAUCUGAAGCACCGCCCACAUCAACCCCACCCCCCAAGCGGACUCCACCCCCAAGCCAGAGAGACUGAGUGCCCCGGUCGCUCAUCCUCCUCAUUCGCGGUCUCAUGUUUCAGUUCUGCUAUCUUGUAUGUGCACAGUGACCAAAUAAGCUCAUGUGAUGCCGCCAUGGGGCUUGACGAGAGGCUCCGCCCUGUUUUCCCCUCAGUCUGGAGAUAGAUUCAGCUCCCUCCUCACAACAUGAAAUUCUAUUCUUCUGUCUGACUAUUUGGUCUUUUAAGUCACCAAAGUGCUAAAUUCAGCCGUAUUUCGACACCAAACACAUUAGAAUUUUUGUUUUAGAAUUUGUAUCACUGUUUUUUCUAACUUAUAACUGCGUUUUUUUUUUUUUUUAUCAAUUUCUGACACCGAACUUCACUGUUAAGUUAAUAACUUUGAAGGUAUUAAUGCAUAUUUGACCUUUUAAAAAUGUGUUAGUUUCUUGCUCAUUUCUUAUUAUUGUUUAUUUAAGUGUUUCACAUGAUUUUAGUACUGAACACUUUCUCCUAUGUUUCUAGUAUUCCGGUGUUUUUACAUGAUAAUUUAAAGAAAUUACUGUAAGUCUGUAAGCAUCUUAAUUGUCAAUGUAAUUCUUUUUUGGAGCUGAUGAGAAAAAGGUCAUCGGGGAUGACAGAUGGGUGAUACUUUUCCUUAGAAGGUUUGUUUAACUGUGUAGUAACAGCAGCAGAUCAUGGCCACUUGCACGGAAGACAAUGUCACCAGCUGCAUGCAAUGCAAGCACAAUGUCAGAGCAGUUAGGAAAAGCCGUACGUAGGAACUGGUAGGUAGGAUCAUCAUUUUCAGUGAAAAAUAAUCCUUAGCUGUAGUAUUAUAAGUCACUUUAAAAUAUGAGGAAUAAGAUAUUGUGACUUGAUUACUGUACUCUUAUAUAACGAUCUAAAGACCAGCUACAAUGAAAACACACUAUGCAAAAUGUACCUACUUCAUGAGCAGAAAGGCUUAGCUAUGUAUAGACGUAUGCUUUCGGGAGCUGUGCGAUGGCAUUUUUUAAUUGAAUGAAUUGAUUGAAGAAACUUCUUUCAGUGUAAAACGCGAUACAAUGCCAGCAUCACCAUUGUUGUCCAUUUAGACAGGUUAUUAGAUUUUUAGGGUAGGGGAGUGCAUCAUAGAGGGGGGGGUUAUGGACGAGCUUGCUGAACAUAGAAGGCGGCUUCAGCAGGGCUGUGCAGGUGCAGAACACCGUGCCACUCAUCUGUGAGCAUGUCGAGGUUAAAGGUGAUGGCUGGUGGAGGAGGUCAGUGGUGGGCGGAGCUGAGGUGUACAGGGAGGGAGACAGAAAGCCCUCGUUUUAGUUGGACAGAGGGGCAGGCCCAUGGGUGAAAGGUCGUCAGCACCGAGUCAAUGUCCAUGGAUAUAGACAGCAAAAAUCACGUGUCCAGUGGCAGUCACCCCUUUAGGUGCCAUUGGCAGCCACCUUGGGUGCCAACUUCUGGGGGGGGGGCACAGAAAAAUAUCUUGGCCAGGGAGGCACACAGGGUUCGACUGGCCCUGCACUUGAAUUUUCUUUGCCAAACAAAUUAAACCAAAAACCCCAAUUUAAUGUGCAAGCCCUGCUAUCGUGAGGGACGCUGAUAUUCUCUGGCACUAGGUAGACAAAUCUCGCGAAUCUGGUCUUCAUACCGAUUCUGUUGUGAGGUCGUGCUCAACUGUGCAAUUAAAAGGAAACUGCAAAAUGCCUAAUCAUCUUCAUCAUCAUCUUCAGCAUGAAGAAGAAUACCGGUCGAAAGAUCGAGGAGAAACCAGCGAGCAGUUUGGGCAUUGUGAUGUUUCUGGGAGAGAUAAGUGAAAGAACCCGGACGUGCACACAUACGCACAAGCAUACGCUAACAGACAGUGACUCGGUCACUCACCUGAGGGGGUCGUGCUUUCGUGGCUGAGUGAGAUGUGUCACAUUCAUUCUACUCUGUGGGUGUCUGUGAAUCAUUCCGUCCUCCAUCAUCCUACUUGGUCUUGUGGAAAUGUGCCGUUAAAACUGGUUUGUUUCCCUCUCUUGCUACAUUCAGAUUAUUUCACUUCUUUCUAAAUAUAAAGAUGUUCUGUUAUAACAGGAGGGGUAAUACUUUGAAAAGGAAUAAAUUAAUGUGCUGUGAGAAAUUUAAUACCGACAGCACAUGCAAUGAGAGGCUAAAUGGGCUUUUUAUGGCAAUGUCCUCAUCUCGCUUUAGGUUUAAAAAGUGCAGAAACUUUUCUAACAGUACACUAGUUUGAUCAUGUGAAGGGCAGAACUGUGAUAUUUUAACAUCAAAUGUGUUGUAAUUAAGCAUAUGACUCAAUGUACAAAUGAAUAAAAUGAUGUAAAUCACAA